AUGGUGAAGCUGUGGAGCAUAGCAACAAGGGAAGCUCAGGGGAUUAUACCAGCGGUCAGCCAGGGGAAUGUCCCCGGUGUGGAGAGCGCCUCCUUGGCCAUGGACACAGAGGAGGGAGUGGAGGUGGUGUGGAACGAAGUGCUCUUCUCCGACAAGAAGGUUUUCAAAGCACAGGAGGAGAAGAUCAAAGAGAUGUUUGAGAACUUGAUGCAGGUCGAACACCCCAACAUUGUCAAGUUCCACAAGUACUGGCUAGACAUGAAGGAGAGCCAGGCCAGGGUUAUAUUCAUCACUGAAUACAUGUCGUCCGGCAGCCUCAAGCAAUUCCUGAAGAAGACGAAAAAGAACCACAAGACCAUGAAUGUUAAAGCCUGGAAAAGAUGGUGUACCCAGAUUCUCUCUGCGCUCAGCUAUUUGCACUCCUGUGUCCCACCGAUAGUCCAUGGCAACCUGACGUGCGAUACCAUAUUCAUCCAGCACAACGGUCUCAUCAAGAUAGGCUCAGUGUGGCAUCGGCUCUUCGUGAACGUGUUCCCAGAGGCCAGUGUCCACGGUAAAAGCCGGCAGCACCGCGAUGAGCAGAGAAAUCUUCAUUUCUUCGCUCCGGAAUAUGGAGCUGGUGAGGAUGAUUGUGCCAUAGACAUUUUCUCCUUUGGCAUCUGUGCUCUGGAGAUGGCAGUUCUGGAGAUUCAGGCCAAUGGAGACACUGCUGUGUCCAAGGAGGCCAUAGUCAAUGCAGGUCAAUCUCUCGAGGACCCUCUAAUGAGAGAGUUCACGCAGUCUUGUUUGCGCCACGAUGCCAAGAUCCGUCCCACAGCUCACGACCUGCUGUUCCACCGCGUCCUGUUCGAGGUCCACUCCCUGAAACUGCUCGCCGCCCACUGCCUCAUCAACAACCAAUACUUGCUUCCUGAAAACUGUGUGGAAGAGAAAACCAAGUCAUUCGAUCCCAACGCUGUCAUGGCAGAGAUUAAACAUGAAGGCAGGCAGGGGGUUCAGCUCAAGUAUUCCCACGUUUCCCCUUUGGAACUUGACAAGUUCCUGGAGGAUGUCAAGAAUGGGAUUUACCCGCUGAUGAACUUUGCCUCGUCCCGUCCUCACCCCGUCCCUCGAGCUCUGUCCUUGUCUCAGGAGCAGGUUGAGACUGUGAAGACGCCCACUCCUGAGCCCCAGGAGACGGAGACAAGAAAGGUUGUUCAGAUGCACUGUAAUUUGGAGUCUAAUGAAGAAGGGACCAAAACUCAUCUCUCUUUGUUCCUGAAAAUGGACGACAAACUUCAUCGGCAGCUCAGCUGUGACAUCCUUCCUACAGACACCCCCAAAGACCUUGCCGGUGAACUUGUUCACUACGCCUUCAUUAAUGAGGAGGACAGUGAAAAGGUGGCAGGUUUCCUGGAGGAUGCCAUCAGCCGACACCGGGUGCGAACGCUGGCUUCUGGGAGCGCACAGUGAGGAGGGGUCAUCAUGACAGCGGCCGGCCUGAGCAGAGAGGCCUGGGGCGAUGACCAGCCAGGCGGAGAGAGGCAGAGGGCGGCGGGCAGGGAGACACGGCUGCAAAGCCCAGGAGCGGAGGACUCAGCCGGGAGACAAAUUGGGUCAAUACAGCCAGACGCUGAGCCUCGACGGUCAGUGAAUUAUCCCCGGUGUGAUGGAGGAGCAACAGCAGCAGUCAGAGAGAAACCGAAGCCUCUUGUGGUUGGAGGUCCACAACACGACCGGGUCCGGCUCCCCCACGGAGCAGCCGAAGAUCGACACAGUCGCUGCCUGGAAGGGCUAUCACGCCUUAAUAUAUCUUGACAGCUUAGGUUUUUCCAUACUGCCACUAUUAAGAACAGAUCAGUUUUACUUACCGUUCCAGCAGCUAUCAUUUCAAAAGGAUGUUUUAUUUCACUUGCACUCCAAUACUGGCUUUUUUUGUGUUUGCAUUAAAUAGUAAACAAUGAUUGGUUAAAACCUCUACUCUUUACAAGCCUUCACUUAAUCUCAUCUUUUGGGAUUUCAGUGUGCCGUCCGACAUGUUCUGUUAAUACUCAUUCAGAUAAUUUAUUUAUUUCUCUUUGUAACUGUGAUUGAUUGUAUUGCACAAGUCUCCCGUUUUUUCCAUAUAUGUUUUCGACAUGCAGACAAACACCCCUAACUGCACUCCUGGGUUAAAGGCUUCUUCUCACACAUCUUAAACACGCCACAACCGAACGCAGCACUGAGCAUUGAGAUGACGCCUCUCUUUUAGCCUGUAGUGCUCUUAAGGGUUUUCCCUGUGAAAGUGUUCUGAAAGCCAAAGAUUUGCAAAGUGCCUGAUAAUGGCAGUGUACUUUCGAUCAAAGUCUCCUCAUGGCGUGGCAUCAUACCCAACUUUGCGAAUUGGAAAGUAAUCAGUUCAGGUUUACUUCAGUGUGAAACAUGCUUAGAUUUUUUUAAGACUUGCUCUGUUCUCUUGAUUUUGAGUCCAUAAAUACAGUCUGUGUGAAUGUGAAGAUGAACUAGACUCCUGAUGAUGGCAGCUCUGUUAAGAGCCAUGGCAACUGUUUGUUGGACAUUUGGAUUAGAUCAUGAAUCCCUCUGCUGCAUUCAUUUUUGAUUUGGGAAGAGCUGAAGUGCGUAUACAAAAGAUCUAAAUGAAUCAGCUUUUGAUUUAAAAACAUAACCCUUCAUAAAUGUGUUGAAAUGUUGGGCUCUAUAAUAUUAACAUUUAGAGAUAGGAAAAUCUCCAUAUUGUUAGAAUAUACUACUGCUUUACUUUUUUUGUGAAAUCUAUUUGUAAAUGUAUGUAGAGAUCUUUGAAUGGCAAAAUCUACUCGGUUCUCUCAAAAAUGUAAAAUUUAAAUUUUCUCUUAUAUCUGUACUUUCUAAUCAGUGGUCUUAUUCAUUAGAAUGUAGCUUUUUUUCCGUUAAGAUUGAUAUAUAUUUGAGAUGCUAAGCACAAUCCCUGAUAGCAGACUUGGGUAACUUGCUUUGAAUGCAUCAGAAUGGCAUAAUCUCUUCUACUGAGCUUUCGUUUUAGACAAUAGCAAUGUGAACUUUGAAAAGUGAUUGUACUGCAGCCCACACAAACACAAAAAUAGGAUAUGCAGUACAGGUCUGCCACAUUUAAAGAUGUAAAAGGCCAAAUUUGGGUAGAUGUUGCCUUCACAAAAACUAAUUGGUGGAUAAAUAAACAACAGGUUUUUGUCAGAACAUUCUUCAGCAAACUUUUUUUUUGUUAGGCUCAUUUCUCUGCUCCAUUUGUAUUCUGGGUCCAUGAGGCUGCAGUGUCAUAACAAUUAUGCUGCUGUACAGUCAUUGCUUACAGUACUUACAAUAUUCUGUGUCAAACAGUGUGUCUCUGAAGGUAGGAGCCAUGAGCUCCUCUAAACAGUUGGAUUGUGGUGUAUAUAUUUGUUUUUGGCAAUUGGAUGGUUUGCUUUGGAUGGAAUCUUGAAACAACGUCUUGCUAAUGUUGCUCUCAUUUGAUCUGGUAUGCUGCAUGUCUUAAUAACCCGCGACCAUUCAAAACAUUGCAUUUUUGCCUUCGUGAGUUGCAGUUUGGUUCCAAAAGGGACCUGACCAAGAAGAUGAAUGUUUAUUCUGUGCAAGCAUUUAAAGAUGACAUGCAUAUCAGUCUUAUUUUGUGUCAGAUGAUUUCUUUUCCCUCUUCACUCUGUUGAAUGAAACUUGCCUUUGGGUGUGUUCUACUUAAACCUUUGUUAAAUAUUGUAGCAUCUGAAAUUAAAAUACAAUAAACAAGAUGUGACAUGUUG